AAAAAAAAGGGAAGGUCAGUGACGGAGACGGACCUAUACUGGCAGAAUCUGAACUUAAGAGCAGUCUGUGGAGUCCUUGUUUCAGGCGGCCGGGAAGGACAUUCGGACUAGGCGCGCCUAUCACAACAGCCAACCAUCUUUCACAAUAAGAGGGUCCUAUUUGGAGGCACUGGAGAGGAGAAGCUCCCAUGAAACUACAGAAACAUCUGGGCUUUGAGAUGCUCAAGGAGGCCACUGAGAGCACCUAUGUUGACCAGAAAUGCUCCUUUACUAUAGGUAAGGUCUCCAUCUGAGGGCAAAUCCUAUCUGGUGCGGUGACCAAGCCGAAGAUGCAGAAGAGCAGUAUCAUUUGCCAAGACUACCUCCACUACAUCCAAAAGUGCAACUGCUUCGAGAAACGCCACAAGAACGUGUCUGUGCAUCUGUCUCACUCCUUCGGGGAUACCCUGAUCAGUGACGCUGUCACAGCGGGCGAGUGCUGGCCCUUGAGCAAGACUGUGCUCUUCAACGUGUUCAAAGUCACGAAGGCCACCAAGAAGCAGUUCCAGAAAUUCUGAGGCUGGACAUCUAUCCAUACCCCCAAGGAAAAUAAAGUCAUUAAAAAAAAAAAAAAAGUCUGUGGAGAAGAUAACGAAGAUGUUCC